AAUUGAGAAUCACGUGGAUUUGACCCACUAGGUGGGGGUAGGAUGUUGGAGCAGGGGGGUGGGGGUGGAUUUAGUGUAUGCAUGUAAAAAUAUCGAAAGGAAUUGGGGAGAAAAAAAAUACACACACACACAACCUCAAACUUACGUUUCUUUACCUUGGACAAAGAAAGUGUAUAUACAUUUCUGGAUAAUAGGAGAAGACUCUUCCAGAGCCGUGGACUUACCCAGCAUGGCAGAAGGGGGUUGUGCCAUAACUGAAGAAGAGGAAUCGCCUAGUGCCGAGGAAGAUUCUCGGGUAUUCGUCGGCUCUGGCAUCUGCAAAUGGUUUAACGUCCGGAUGGGAUUUGGUUUUCUGUCCAUGACCAGCAGAGAAGGGUCCACGUUAGAGACACCGGUAGAUGUUUUUGUACACCAGAGCAAACUACAUAUGGAAGGUUUCCGCAGCCUGAAGGAAGGAGAGACGGUCGAGUUUACUUUUAAGAAGUCAACCAAAGGGUUAGAGUCUCUACGAGUGACUGGGCCUGGUGGAGCGUUCUGCGUGGGAAGUGAACGAAGACCCAAAGGAAAGGGUAUCCAGAAACGACGUUCCAAGGGAGACAGGUGUUACAACUGUGGUGGACUGGACCAUCAUGCAAAGGAGUGUAAACUUCCACCCCAACCAAAAAAGUGUCACUUCUGCCAGAGUAUUUCUCACAUGGUAGCCAGCUGCCCAGUCAAAGCACAACAAUCAUCGCCCAGUUCUCAGGGAAAGCUCACCUCCAUUAAGGGCGAGGAGGGCAAUCAAGGCACUGCACCCCUGCCACCAGAGAGUUCUCAGUGAAACGAAGAAAUGUGUUCUGGAGAAGGAGGCUGCUCAAAAUUACUGAAUAAAAAUGAGAAAUGCAGGCCAGCAUCAGAGACAACCUAACCCAC